AUGGAGGGUGGUAACAAGUCUAAGAGAGGUUUUAGAAAGGGCGGUGAAAAGAAGAAAUCAAUUUCAAGGUCGGUCAAGGCCGGUCUUCAGUUUCCGGUGGGUAGGAUCGGGCGGUUCUUGAAGCAAGGUCGUUAUGGUAAGCGUGUUGGAAGAGGAGCUCCUGUUUACCUAGCAGCUGUUCUCGAGUAUCUUGCGGCUGAGGUUCUUGAGUUGGCUGGGAUUGCAGCUACAGAUAACAAGAAAAGUAGGAUAACUCCAAGACAUCUUCAAUUGGCGGUGAGAAAUGAUGAAGAGCUUGGGAAGCUUCUUGCAGGGGUAACAUUUGCUUAUGGAGGUGUCUUGCCCAAUAUUAACCCUGUCCUUCUUCCCAAGAAGAAAGACAAGGCCGCGGCCGAGGAGGAGGAAACAGAUAAUUCUCCAUCCAAGGCUAAGGUGGUCAGUACCAAGGCCAAGAAGUCACCUAGAAAGGCAGCUGCGGCAAUUUAA